UACACAGACAUCGCCUCCUUCACCAGCAUGUGUGGUCAGGUUCCGCCCCACCGAGUCAUGGCGUUCCUCAACGACCUCUUCACCACUUUUGACCAGCUGGUGGGGAAGCAUCAAGUUUACAAGGUCGAGACCAUCGGAGAUUGCUACAUGGUGUGCGGCGGACUUGCCGUGGAUCCCCUGCACGCGCACAAGGUCUUUGCAUUCGCCGCGUUGGAAGCGGCUCGCUGCGUGAUGAUGCCCGGUACCGGCCAGCCUGUACGACUGCGAGUAGGCAUCCACAGCGGCCCCGUCAUGAGCGGCAUCGUGGGGCGGAAGAUGCCCCGUUUUUGUCUGUUUGGCGACACAGUCAACGUUGCCAGUCGAAUGGAGUCCACGGGUGUACCUGGUGCCGUACACAUUUCUGCGGCCACGCGGGCCUUAUUGGGCGCCGCGGCCGACGGAUUUCUUUCCACGGGGGGAAUUCCCGUCAAGGGCAAGGUACGGAUU